UGGUUGGCUGAUCAAAGUUCCGCCCUUCACCGUCAGGACUGUGUCACAGACAGGAGCAGCACCAUGUAUCGCUCUCUGCGAAGCGUCCAGCGAUUAAAUAGAAACCUCCUGGCAUUGCAAAGGAGCAUUGCCGUAAAAAACCACAGUCCUGCUAUUGGAGCAGUUCUUACUUCUUCUAGAAUGGCAAGCUCAGAGUCUUACAGAAUUGAGCGAGACACAUUUGGAGAGCUUAAAGUGCCAAGUGACAAGUACUAUGGAGCCCAGACGGUCAGAUCUACAAUGAACUUCAAAAUUGGCGGUGUUACUGAACGAAUGCCAAUUCAAGUAAUAAAAGCCUUUGGGAUCCUGAAGAGGGCUGCGGCAGAGGUGAACAAGGAUUACGGCCUGGAUCCAAAGGUUGCUGAUGCCAUUGUCCAGGCUGCAGAUGAGGUCGCUGCUGGCAAACUGGAUGAUCACUUCCCCCUGGUCAUCUGGCAGACUGGUUCAGGCACUCAGACGAAUAUGAAUGUGAAUGAAGUCAUCAGCAACAGGGCCAUUGAGAUCAUGGGUGGAAAACUGGGGAGCAAGGACCCAGUGCACCCGAAUGACCACGUCAACAAGAGCCAGAGCUCCAACGACACCUUCCCCACAGCGAUGCACAUCGCCGCGGCCGUGGAGGUCCACAACGUGCUCCUCCCGGGCCUGCAGACCCUGCACGACGCCCUGGCUGCCAAAGCCGCCGAAUUUAAAGAUAUCAUCAAGAUCGGCCGCACGCACACCCAGGAUGCUGUGCCGCUCUCCCUGGGGCAGGAGUUUGGCGGUUACGUCCAGCAGGUCAAGUACAGCAUCGAGCGGAUCAAAGCGGCCAUGCCCAGAGUGUAUGAGCUGGCAGCCGGGGGAACUGCAGUGGGCACUGGCCUGAACACUCGCAUUGGGUUUGCUGAGAAAGUGGCGGCAAAGGUCUCAGAUCUUACAGGCUUGCCGUUUGUGACCGCCGCCAACAAGUUUGAGGCCCUGGCGGCCCACGACGCCCUGGUGGAGCUGAGCGGCGCGCUCAACACGGUGGCCUGCAGCAUGAUGAAGAUCGCCAACGACGUCCGCUUCCUGGGCUCCGGGCCCCGAUGCGGCCUGGGAGAGCUGGUCCUGCCCGAGAACGAGCCGGGAAGCAGCAUCAUGCCAGGCAAAGUGAACCCAACGCAGUGUGAGGCUAUGACCAUGGUGGCUGCCCAAGUAAUGGGGAACCACGUCGCAGUUACUAUCGGAGGCAGCAACGGACACUUUGAAUUGAACGUUUUCAAGCCUAUGAUGAUCAAAAAUGUGCUGAACUCGGCCAGGCUUCUGGGCGACGCCUCGGUCUCCUUCACUAACAACUGCGUGGUGGGCAUCCAGGCCAACACGGAGAGGAUCAACAAGCUGAUGAACGAGUCCCUCAUGCUGGUCACCGCCCUCAACCCUCACAUAGGUUACGACAAAGCCGCUAAGAUAGCGAAGACUGCCCACAAAGAGGGCUCGACGCUGAAGGCCACUGCCGUCAAGCUGGGGUAUCUCACAGAGGAACAGUUCGACCAGUGGGUCAAGCCCCACGAAAUGCUGGGCCCAAAGUAGGUGUGUUAACAGCGGGAGCAGGUCCAGGCAUAACACCCACCCUCCCACCCAUCUUUUGCAAUAAAAUGGAUCUUUGAAAAAUGAAAGGGAUGUUUUGUUGUUGUAUUGAACCGCAACACUCCUCCCCCAGCCCUGUACACCAUCGUGAUAAAGGUGGAAAUGUCAAAGUAGAUGCACCACCCUGCUUUGACUGCCUGUCGGAAAAUGAGGGGGACUAAACACACCCCUUAUUAUUCCAGAAUGGGACGCUUAUAAUACAAACCCGUCAGUUUAGCGAUCAUGACGCAACACUCAUCCGGUUUUUUCCUCUUGUAAUCUUGCCGCGCGCAUCGUAAGUGUGUUAAAAUGUUUUUCUGUUGUAACAACUGUGUCUACACGAGAGCCAAGCAUUAGAAUACUGCUUAUGCAGGAAUACUAGGUCCUUACCUAGUUUUUUUAUUUGUUCUUUUCUGACACCUUUCUCAAAGUUUCAGACUUUUGUGUUUGGAUCUCUGGGCAGUGAUCAAUAAAAUCCAGUACACCGUAAAAACUGAAGAAAAUCAAGCGCAUAUAGUUUUAAAUAGAAACCUUUUCCAGACAGCUUGAUGUACACAUUACUUUUGCAUGCUCUGAUGUAUAUGAGACUGGAAAAAGAACAACUCCUCAGGAUGAGGGAAAGGAAUUUCAGAGUAAUGUUGGUUGUAGUUUCCUGCUAAAGGAUGUAGCAUUGUGGAAUACUUAUAUAAAGGUCUGGGACUGAUGUCUGCAAGGAUAAUCUCUGUUUUAAGAUGCCCCUUUUCCCUGUUAAACUGAAGGCUGAUGUGAAUAGAAAGUGCUUGGCUUGAAGAGUCCUCAUGCUGUCUUUAAGUAGUGGGAUGCUUUUGCCAUGGAUGUCCCUUCAGAUUCCUUCCCUAGGACAAAGGCAGAAGUCCCAGGUGACUGCAGAAUGGCAUGUCCAUCCUCAUGGGGGAGAGAUGGCGGUGUUUACGUCCGUAAAAUCGAAGCUAACGACGCUAAAUGAAAAUGCUCACGGACAGCAUUGUUCCGAGGCAGUAUUGUCGUUAAAGAAAUUUGCUGGGGAAUUACUCUUGUAAUGGAAUUGUCUCCUUUUCACAGAGAAGGGAAAUAAAAUCAAUACUAUCUCAAUGUGAUUAUUUGGCCUAAGUAAUGCACAGUAAUCUCAUUGUCGAAAGUGAUGGAAUUAAAACCAAUUUUGUUCGCAAAUGUAAAUGGAAAGCCAAAUACCUCAUAUUUGGCUUUCCAUUUAUUAGUGCUAGGCUUGUGAAUGUAAUUAUAGUCAGCUGUAGAUGUAAUCUUGCCGACUUGUUUGAUUGAGAGAAUAUUUAUUUCUGAAUUGAAAAGCUUUGUGAAUCGAUUAGAAAAUGUAUUCCUCUGGUGUUUCCUCAGAAAGUAAUGCCAUAUGUUUUGGGUGGGAUAAAUGUACCUAUCAGUUGGGGAAUAGCUGGUACAUUUUGUGCCAAGAUAAUUAUAUAAUAUAAUGGCAAAGUAUUGAGACAGAAAAUGUUUGAAAUCAGAGAAAAGACAUUGGAUGAUAAAUCUUUUGAACUUUGACCCACUCUGUUAUAAGGCUGCCAGUUCUUCCCCCAAAUGUUAAAUUAUGUGCAAUUGUGCAAUAAAUUUCAACUUCUAAUGUGUUUCUAUUGUCAUAACAUGCCAAUUAUAGCAUACGUUUUAAACAUUGUUUGAAUUACUGUUCGUAUUGAGGAUAACAUCUGCAAAUAAACAGUAUAACUGUAA